CUACUGGCGGUUGGGUCACCACGCAAUCCCCGUCCCCAGUGGUGGCAGGGUCACCACGCAAUCCACCUCUCUCUCUCUCUCUCGUCUCUUCUCUUCUGAGAACCCACAAGCUAAGCUCUCUCUCUCUCAAACCCCAGAAUCCCCUCUCUCUCUCUCUCUCUCUCUCUCUCUCUCUCUUCCCCCAAACCACAACGUAGCGAGCUGGAUUAGCGCCUCUAACCAGCUGCGACAGCGGCAAGUCUCUCGACAAGCUUCAGGUCAGUUGAUAACAUGGAUGAUAAUUCCUUGGAGAGUCAAGUUUCUUCUCAAUCAUGUCAAAGGGCGGACCUUGAUCUUCUAGAUGAGAGUCGCAUCGAAGAAGCAGAACAAGAAGAAUUGGUUAAGGAGGAUGAGAAAUUAGAUGAAGAAUUAAAACUUGAAAAUCUUCAAGAUGAAAGUCAUGUCCAAGAAACAGGACAGGAAUUAUCGGUUAAGACAGAUGAUGACUUAGAUAAAGAACCAAAACUUGGAAUGGAGUUUACUUCUGAAGAGGAUGCAUAUGAGUUUUACAACAAAUAUGCUGGGAAGGUAGGGUUUAGUGUUCGAAGAGCAUGGAUAAGAAGAUCAGAUGAUGGUAUCAUCACUACGAGAAUAUUUUGUUGUUGUAAAGAAGGUAAGAAACGUGAAGAUAAAAGAACAGAUCAGGUGAAGUAUCACCGUCCAGCUACAAGAACUGAUUGUCUAGCAAGAAUGAUCAUAAGGCUUCAAAAGAAUGGUAAAUACAGUGUUACAAAAUUUGUUGCGGAGCAUAACCAUGAGGUUCUUACACCAUCAGAGGCACACCUAUUGAGGUCACAAAAAGCAUUAACUAAUACUUUGGAGAAGCGUUAUGACCAUUUGUGUCGCAAGUUUAUUAAAAUUGCAGCAAUGGCUGCAGACUGUGACGAGGCCUUUAAAUUUGUUGAUAGCUAUUUAGAAAAACUUAAUGUUGAAGUGAUGGAAUGUAUAAAAAGAGUCAAGGGACCUGCACUAAUGACAUCUCAUGCUAUUGAUGGAAGUGUUGAUACUGGAAUUGUAUGUCAUGAGCCGACUGACAAUGAAGUUACUAUUGUUAAUAGUGUAGGUUCCCAAAAUGUAAGUGGAAUUAGAGUACCACCUACAGUUGGAAGCAGUUGUUUUACACUUAAAUAUCCACUAUAUAAAGAAGUGAAGAAAAGAUCCCGAACUGAAUCCACCCAGUCACGAACAAAUAAGGAGAAAAAUGAAUCAGCCCAAGCACCAAAUAUCAUUCAUCCUCCUUUAUUUCCGCAUCCACAUUAUCCAGUUGCAUUCCCUCCGCUUGCUCAGUUCAAUCAGGGUCCACAUGUUAUUAUUCUGAGUCCUUUUGGAUUGCCAAGUGGAUCCCAUGCAGGACCUGAUCAUCCUAUGAUAAAGAGCUACACUCCUGGCCCCAGUGGAUCCAUCAAUGCACCAUUGGCUCAUUGUGGGUACCAACAACCUAAUGUCAACAUGUACCAACAAAACUCUUUGAGCAUCAAAGCUCAAGGUUCUGCAAAACUUAAUCAUCAUAUGGUGACAGGUUGCAUAGCCGGUCCCAGUGGAUUCACAUAUGCACCAUUCCCCGCUUGUGGGCAGCAACCAAGUAUCAACUUGUCCCAACAAAAUCCUUCAAACAAUCCUCAGUUACCCAAGUUACAUCAAGAUUCAUCCAAAGGGAACACCGUACCUAGUCAGUCAUAUUCACCACCAUCUGAUGACAAUGAGUCAGUGAGAUCUGAGGACUGAGGACCACCAUCCGCAUUCCAGUAAUUAGAUUUUUCGUUAUCAAAGGCUCUGAUGAAAAGAUGGUGUCAUUGAAAAAUGGAAGUUAUGGCAAGUGUGGAAAGAUGGUGGAUCAAUCAGCCUAUUCAGAUUCAAACUAUGAAGUUUCAACCGUAGUUACCCAAAUAGUGGUUCGACUAAUUCGAGUUUGAAUAUAUAGUUCGUAGUUUAAUAACUUUUAAAUUCAUCGAUUUGAUGGGGUAGGUUUUUCAAUUUGCUAGAUUCACUCUUCGGAUUCGUUUAGUUCAAUAGACUAGUAACAGGCUAUAGUUCUACGUAAUUCAAUCCAGUUCAGAGCAUUCACUA